ACCAGUGUGUUGCGUCUCUGGGUGGUGUUAGUACACGUCUGUUUCAACUCCCAGCCUGACAGAUUUUUUUUUUUUUUUUGUGUAACCACGCCUACACAGUAGCUGCCAAGGCUUACCCAUGAGUUAAACCUUCUUUAGUUGGUAAUGAGGAAGGCGUGGGCUCUAGCAGUGGACACCCAAAGGCAUCAGUGGGUGAAAACAAGCAAAAUAAAGAAAAGUUUGGCUGUGAGAAGGUGCUCGACAGCCAGCCAUAGUGACGAGGAGGCAGGAAGGUAGAUAACCACCAUCACCACCAAAGGGAAGACGGCAAGUUCUAUGACUCCCUCCCUCUUCCUCUCCCUCGCCCUCACAAGAUGUCGGUGCAGAUAGAAAAAAAAGGCGCUAUGAGUGUUCUGCCAUCCCGCGCGGCUGGAAAAGAGAGGAAGUGCUGAGGAAAACUGGGCUGACCUGCGGUAAAGUAGAUAUGUAUUAUUACAGCCUCAAUAAUCAAGUUACUGCUCCAGUGUCCAGUCACAGCCAUGAAUGGAGAAAGGUCAGACUCAUCAGAUACUCAAGAAAAACUUUACAAGAUGCUUGAGAAGUUACAGAUGUUAGCAAGAGACAUUCCUGCUAAAUUUCAGCAGAGAUUGCCAUAUGACUUGCUCUCGUCUCUGGCUCACUGUCUGCUGGACAACACCACGUUUGAGAUCAUGCAGGAACUGGCUGAGCUGCAGCACAUGACUGAGAAGAUCCUUCACAAGCAACAUGCUCAGAUGGUCAACAAACAUAAAACGGAGAAAGACAGUCUACUCAAAUGUCACAAGGAAGAACUGACAGCAGCUGAGCGUCAGGGCAAGGCUCAUGUGCUGUCACGGCUACCGCGGCUACACCAGGAGCAGCUGACAGAACUCACCACUCGCCAUUCCCAGGAGACCACCAACACACAUCUUUUCAUCCAGAAUGUGCUCGACCAGAAGGUGGCAGAGCAACAGUCAACACUGCAGCAGGCGGGGGUGCCUGGGUUUCAUGUCACCAGUAACCCUAUGGAGAUCAAGGUUCAGAUGUACAUCAUGGGAUUUAUCAUGAAAAUUGGAGGGAUAAAAUUUCCUCACUAGCUCCAUUAUUUUGUAAGUCAAGUUUAAUGCAGACUGUAUUGUGUUUAAAUGUCUAACUUAUAAUUAUGGUUCUAAAAUAUAUUUUUAUACAUCUGUA